AUGGGCCACCUGCUCUCCAAGGAGCCACGAAGCUGCCCGCGCCCCCGGAGACUUCGGUGCCGCCGCCAUCGCCACCCAGCCCCCCCGCCCGAGCCCCCGUCUCCGCCGUCCCGGGGCCGGGACUGCUUGCUCCGCGGGCCCUGCAUGCUCUGCUUCAUCGUGCACGGCCCCGCCACCGCCCCCACCGCCGGGCGAGAGGAGGAGCCGCCGCCGCCGGCUCGGGCCUCCUCCUCCGCCGCCGCCGCCCCCCUCCAGUCCCCCGGGCGGCAGGAGCGGCGGCAGCUGUACGAGGCUCUGGCCGCCGGGGACUGCGCCGCCGCCAGCCGCUUCCUGCUUUCCACGGCCUCGGCGGUCGUCGCCUCCUGUCGCCACACGGAGCUGGGCCAGGCCGCCGCCGCCGCCGCUGCUUGGGAGCAGCAAGGUAGAAGCCUCCUCCUCCUCCUCUCCGGCCUGGGGCCGCCGCCGGCCCAGCUCGCCGGCCCCCAAGACAUGGUGUGCAAGCGGAAGGGAGCGGGGCUGCCCGCCUGCACCCCUUGCAAGCAGCCCCGCUGUGGCGCCGGGGGCUGCGGCGGCGGGGCUGGAGGAGGAGGAAGCGAAGGAGAAGGAAGGGGAGGAGGAGGAGGAGAGGGAGCGGGAAAAAGCGGCUCGUCGCCCCGGCCCCCCGAGGCCGGCUGCUGCCAGUGUCCCGAGCCGCAGCAGCAGCUCUGUCCCCUCCCCGCCUCCUCCCCCUCCUCCUCUUCCUCUUCUUCGUCUUCCUCCACCUCUUCGUCUUCCUCCUCCGCAGCCCCCGAGCGUAGUGGCGGCGGGGCGCUUGCCCCCGACCCCCCGGGGGCGAGCGGCGGGGACGGCUCCGCCUCUUCGCCGCCCCCACAGCCGCCGCGGGAGAGCAGCGACCCGGACUGUCGCGAACCGCCCGAAAACCCCAACGAUCAGGCUCGAGAGGCGUUCCCCGAAGUGGCAGACAUCAACCAGCUACCGCCUUCCAUCCUCCUGAAGAUAUUUUCCAAUUUGUCUCUGGAUGAACGCUGCCUUUCUGCAUCAUUAGUAUGCAAAUACUGGCGUGAUCUCUGUUUAGAUUUCCAGUUUUGGAAACAGUUGGAUCUUAGUGGUCGUCAGCAGGUCACUGAUGAGCUAUUGGAAAAAAUCGCUACAAGAUGUCAUAACUUAAGUGAAAUAAAUCUUUCUGACUGUCGCAGUAUGUCUGAUACAGGCGUCUGUGUUCUGGCAUUUAAGUGUCCUGGAUUGCGAAGGUACACAGCCUACAGGUGCAAGCAGCUUUCGGACACUUCUAUCAUGGCAGUUGCCUCCCACUGCCCUCUACUUCAGAAAGUACACAUAGGCAACCAGGACAAAAUCACCGAUGCAGGACUCAAGCAGCUGGGCUCAAAAUGCAGGCAACUGAAAGAUAUUCAUUUUGGGCAGUGCUACAAGAUCUCUGAUGAAGGAAUGAUCGUUAUAGCCAUGGGCUGUCUAAAGUUGCAAAGAAUAUACAUGCAGGAAAACAAGCUAGUGACAGAUCAAUCAGUAAAAGCUUUUGCCGAAUACUGCCCUGAACUACAGUGUGUUGGCUUUAUGGGGUGUUCUGUUACCUCUAAAGGAGUCAUUCACCUAACCAAGCUAAAAAAUCUUUCCAGCUUGGAUUUGCGUCACAUCACUGAACUGGAUAAUGAAACCGUAAUGGAAAUAGUCAAGAGGUGCAAGAAUCUUACUUCACUCAAUCUGUGUCUGAACUGGAUCAUUAAUGACAGGUGUGUGGAAGUCAUUGCUAAAGAAGGACAUAAGUUGAAAGAGCUGUACUUGGUGUCCUGUAAAAUCACUGACUAUGCUCUGAUAGCCAUCGGGCGAUACAGCACGACCAUAGAGACUGUUGAUGUCGGCUGGUGCAAAGAAAUCACCGAUCAGGGAGCCACGCUGAUUGCCCAAAGCAGCAAAUCCCUACGCUAUUUAGGGUUGAUGAGAUGUGAUAAGGUGAAUGAAGUAACUGUGGAACAGCUGGUGCAGCAGUAUCCCCACAUAACCUUCAGUACAGUUCUGCAGGACUGCAAGAGGACCCUGGAACGGGCUUAUCAGAUGGGCUGGACCCCCAACACAUCCACUGCCUCUUAAACCUCACUCUAAGUGUUUUUGGUCAACUCUGGUACCUUUGGCAGGUCUUGAGUGGGAACUGCAGCUUUGGGAUGUCUGAUUUGUUGGGGGGGAGGGGGGCGGGUGGGGGAAGAGAAAUGUUUUGAAUUUUCCUUUUGUGGACAAGCGUGUCUCAUUUACAACCUGGGAAGACUCUCUAUUAAUGUCAGUUGUUCCCAAACAAGUCUCUGACUUUGCGUUCAAAUUAAACAUUUUGAAAGCCUUGACUCUUUUGAUGUGCAGGAGGCUCUGCCAGCCAGCGGUCAGAUCGGUUGGAUGAUUUGGGCUCUGAAAUUGUUCCGUAUGAUAGCUGCGAAAAGGAAAUGGGCUCACCUCCUUUUGUGGUGCCAUGUAGUCAUAUGGAGGAAGACAUAACUCUGCCCCGGUGACAAACACAGGACACCAACUUUACAAACCUCCGAACUUCCCUGGAGUGGCUGAGCCUUUGAACCUCAUUUACUGCACUCCAGGUGCUAAUGCACAUCCCGAAGCUGCUACCUUACUACCAGGAGUCCUUGGUACGGAGGAGAGAGAGACAGAG